CUCAGCCAGCCACCAGAAGUUUCUACUUGCCUUGCCUCGCCUUGCCCUGCGUUGCCCUGUUCUAGUUGAUUUAAAUUCUAGGGUUUUGCCAGGGUUUAUCAACCUCUUCAAAACCCAAAACACAAUCCUAAGAAAAGAAAAAAACAAAUGGUUGGGUCUAAUGGGGUUAAGCUUUUUCAAUGCUUGAUUCGCCGUUGUUCUUCUCUUUCUUCCUCAUCUUCCAGUCUUGGCAAAGCCAAUUCUAUUUAUAAAGCUGUGAUUGGAGGGGGUUGUAGGAGGUUCCAUGCGGGGCUUUGCAGUCCUGUUACGAUUACCGCAACUUCUUCUUCUCACAAUGUUCACCGCAGAAAUUUAUGGCUAUUUGGGAUUUUAAAUGCUAAUGUUGGUGCAGCACGGUCAAUUCAUGGCACUGCUCACAUGUCUGCUAGGGAUUAUUAUGAUAUGCUUGGUGUGAACAAGAAUGCCACUGCAUCUGAAAUCAAGAAAGCUUAUCUUGGGCUUGCAAAGAAGUGGCAUCCAGAUGUGAAUAAAGAUGAUCCUGAAGCUGGGAAAAAAUUUCAAGACAUGCAAAAGGCAUAUGAAGUUUUGAGGGACGAGAACAAGCGUGCAGAGUAUGAUCAGGUUGGCCACGAGGCAUUUGAACAACAACAGGAUAAUUCAGGCUUUAAUCCGGGUGGAUUUAGUCCAUUUGAGGAUAUCUUCAAAAUGCAUGAUAUAUUCGAUAUAUUCAGAUCUGAUAGGAUUGGUGGCCAAGACAUCAAGGCUGCCAUUGAAAUAUCAUUCAUGGAAGCUGUUCAAGGAUGCACUAAAACUGUGUCAUUUCAAGCCCCAGUGCUAUGUCAAGCUUGUGGUGGAGAAGGUGUCCCUCCAGGAGUUAAACCUGAAAAAUGUCGGCGUUGUGGAGGCACAGGCAUGGCCUCCACAAGCAAAGGUAUUUUUAGUAUUCAGGUUACCUGUCCUCAGUGCCGUGGAACUGGCCAGUUUAUAUCAAGGUUCUGCAAGUCAUGCAAUGGAGCUCGGGUAGUAAAAGGAUCAAAAUCAAUCAAAUUGGAUGUAAUGCCAGGAGUGGAUGAUAAUGAAACUCUGAAGGUGUAUGGAAGUGGUGGAGAUGAUCCUGAUGGAAAUCAACCUGGGGAUCUUUAUGUUACCAUCAAGGUACGACAAGACCCUGUUUUCCGUAGGGAAGGUUCCAACAUUCAUGUGGAUGCCAUUUUGAGUAUAACUCAGGCAAUCCUGGGAGGAACCAUCCAGGUCCCAACCCUUACUGGUGAUGUUGUGUUGAAGGUCCGCCCUGGCACCCAACCUGGUCAGAAGGUAGUUCUGAAGGGUAAAGGGAUUAAAUCAAGGAAUUCAUACUCAUUUGGCGAUCAAUACGUGCACUUCAACGUCAGCAUUCCAGCGAACCUGACUCCCAGACAACGUGAAUUAAUUGAAGAAUUUUCUAAAGAAGAACAAGGUGAAUGUGAUAAGCGUGCUGCUGCUGGAGCAUCUGGGUGAAAGAACAGUCUGAUGGGGAGGUGCACUUUGGCAUUUGGUUAUUAAGACAGGAGAAUAGAAAGAGAGGAAACUGAUUUUGGUAAUAACUCAUCCGUUUUUGCUGGCAGUUUUGUAGUACUAUUAGGAGCUCUGUAUUUAUUGCAUUAAUACAGACACACUAUGUGCCAUCUCUAUGUAAGGGUAUAUAUAAAUUUAUUAUUUAUUUUUUUAUGAAAAUUCAUAAAUGAUAUCCAUGACA